GUUUCAAAGGUUUUUUGUACACGAUCACCACCACCACCACAACAAAAGAGUAGAAAUUGUUUUUCUCCAUCGCACGAUCUUAUUUUUCCGCCCAGAUUUUUUCUCACUCCUAAAAAGAAACUUUUGAUUUUCCAAAACUAUUUUCUUUCCGUUUUGGGAAGAAAAGAAAAAAACACCGUAAUUAGCUGUAUCCGAGUCUCCGGUGAAGAAGAAGAAGAAGAAGGAGGAGGAUCGUGCUGGGGUGUCCCUGUGAAACCAAUGCAACAUUUCGCGAAGCUAGAUGACUCCCCCAUGUUUCGGCAACAGAUGCAAUGCAUGGAAGAGAGUGCGGAGGUCCUACGACUGCGAUGCUCAAGUUUCUAUAAGGGAUGCAGAAAAUAUACGGAGGGACUUGGAGAAGGGUAUGAUGCAGACGUUGGCUUUGUAAAUGCACUUGAAUCUUUCGGUGGUGGUCAUGAUGAUCCCCUCUGCGUUGCUUUUGGAGGUCCUGUAAUGACAAAAUUCAAUGUUGCUCUACGUGAAAUUGGGACAUACAAGGAUGUUCUUCGUUCCCAGGUAGAACAUAUGCUGAAUGACCGAUUGCAUCAGUUUGUGAAUGUUGAUGUCCAAGAAGUUAAGGAAGCACGUAAACGGUUUGACAAAGCUUCCACUGUAUACGACCAGGCACGAGAGAAAUUUCUUUCAUUAAGAAAGAGUACAAGAUUGGAUGUGGCUGCCACCAUCGAGGAGGACCUACAUAGCGCAAGAACAGCAUUCGAGCAAGCCCGGUUUCAUCUGGUUAGUGCACUCUCUAAUACAGAAGCUAAAAAGAGGUUUGAGUUUUUGGAAGCUGUCAGCCUGACAAUGGAUGCUCACCUCCGUUUCUUCAAACAGGCAAGCAAAGGACAAUGGAUGAUACAAUGAUAUCUCUUUUCCUGUUUUCCUGACAUGGAAUGGGGAUAUGAGCUACUACAUCAAAUGGAACCUUUUAUUAAUCAGGUGUUGGCUUAUGCACACCAGUCUAGAGAAUGUGCAAACUAUGAAACGGCAUCACUUAAUGAAAAGAUGCAGGAAUACCAAAGGCAAGUUGAUAGAGAUGCUAGAAAAUCAAAUGGUUCUCCAACAGGGGAUGGCAUGAGACACAACUCAAGAAACUCACAAAAAGUCAUCGAGGCUGUCAUGCAAUGCCAAUCUGCUGCAAAAGGAAAGGUUCAGACUAUAAGACAAGGGUAUCUUUCUAAACGUUCGUCAAACUUGAGAGGUGACUGGAAAAGAAGGUUCUUUAUCCUUGAUAGCCGUGGGAUGCUAUACUAUUACCGCAAGCGAAGGAAUUGGUCUCCAGGAAAUGGAAGCCGUUCUGCUUCUCAGAAGAAUAUAACUUCAGAAAACAGUCCUGGUCUGCUAAGUCGGUGGUUGUCUUCUCAUUAUCACGUUGAUGAAAAACCAGUUGCACGUCACACUGUGAACCUGCUUACCUCAACUAUCAAAGUUGAUGCAGAUCAGACUGAUCUAAGAUUCUGCUUUCGGAUUAUUUCGCCUACAAAAGUUUAUACUUUGCAGGCAGAGAAUGCGCAAGAUCAGAUGGACUGGAUCGAGAAGAUAACUGGAGUUAUUGCUUCUUUGCUAAGUUUCCAGACACCUGAAAGAGCAAUCAAUCGUCUUUCUACAAUGGACGGAGAUACUUUCUCUGCAAGUGAUUCCGGUUCUGUAGCAGAUCCAAAUGAUGUCGAGCAGGCAGAAAGUGGAGAAAUCACCGUGGAAAAUAAUCACAUGACAGGAGGAAAACGUUCGAGGUUCUCAGGGUGCUUGCAGCAACAUGAUAUGAUGUCAAAGACUGAAAAGCCAAUUGAUGUGUUGACCAAAGUAUCCGGGAAUGAGAAAUGUGCGGACUGUGGUGCUCCUGAACCUGAUUGGGCCUCUUUGAAUCUCGGUGUCCUCAUAUGUAUCGAAUGUUCUGGUGUACAUCGCAACCUUGGUGUCCACAUUUCAAAGGUCAGAUCGCUCACGCUUGAUGUUAAAGUAUGGGAACCAUCGGUCUUGACGUUAUUCCAGUCGCUAGGUAACCUAUAUGUAAACUCAGUGUGGGAGGAGUUGUUGGACUCAGAGAGUAGAUCUUCGGGCACUCCCAAGUCAGAUCGACCAAGAAAGUUUCUUGCAAGGAAGCCUGGUUUCAGUGAUCCCAUAUCUAUGAAAGAGUUGUUCAUCCACGCAAAGUACUCAGAGAGGAUAUUUGUCCGCAAAGCAACAGACAGUCAGCAUCUCCAGGCAGUUUUUCAAGAGAUUUGGGAGAACGUGCGUGCCAACGACAAGAAUAAAUCAGUUUACAAACACAUCGUCUGCUCCCAAGCAGAUGUGAAUGCUCUACGUGGACAAGCAUCGUACACCGUGUCUUUGCCCUUGUCGAAGAUGAUGCAAAUGGAGGCGAAGGAGGAGACCCUUGCAGCCAAAUUCAAGAGAAUUGAAGAGGAGUUUCAGGAGAAUCCAGAGGGAUGUGCUAACUCGAGAACGGAAGGGAAGAGUAUGGUUAGAGAAGAAACUUCAAAGGACUGCUCUCUGCUUCACCUUGCUUGUCUUUCUGCGGAUAUCGGUAUGGUGGAAUUGUUGCUUCAGUAUGGUGCAAAGAUAAACGCAACGGACUCGAAAGGUCGGACUCCACUUCAUCAUUGUAUCAUCAGCAGGAGGUAUGCAAUUGCGAGGUUGCUACUGAUGAGGGGAGGAGAUCCAAAUGCUGAGGAUAAAGACAGUAACACACCGGUCAAAUAUGCUUUAGAGACAGACCUCAAUGACAGCGAACUAAUUGCUUUAUUAACAGACUCCAAAAGAUGACAAUGAAUCGCAAAAAAAGAAGACAUUUGAUUUGCUGCUUAUCACACGGAAGCAGAAAAAGGUUAUAGGACUAGAAGAGUGUUGCUCUCUUUUAGUUGGGGUUUGGUACUCAUAUUUUUGCCCAUCUAACCGGCGAUUUGUUCAUGAAGAGCGUAGAGAAUGCAUGUAGAUUUUCUUUGGUGCUUGCUAGGUUGAUGACACUCUGGUGUACAUAGUGUCUGGGUUUGUAUGUUCUGUAAGAUGGAAACCUCUGUUUUCUGUUGUUUGUGUAAUAAAAGACAAACUCACCAUU